CCUCUUCUGUUACGGGUGUUGUUCGUCUGUUCAGAGAAUAUUCCCAUCAGGCUCAAGUGAAGAGUUUACUGAAGGACAGCGAGAACAUGAGUGAUCCAGAACCCUGCAGAAUUAAACCUGAAGAUACUGAACAACAAAUAGACCUUAUUGAAGAAAAUGUGGCGAGUAAAGAGAAGGAACGUCAUGUCAAAAUUGAGGAAAAAAAUCAUUUACAGACUUCCGGAGGCAAGAAUCAUUUCGCCUGCACUCAGUGUGGAACGAGUUGUAGCAGAAAAAGCCAUCUUAAGGUUCACAUGAGGAUCCACACUGGAGAGAAACCAUUCACAUGCACUCAGUGUGGGAAGAGUUUCAGCGUCUUGUCAAACCUUAAUAAACACAUGAAGAUUCACACUGAAGAGAAACCAUUCAUAUGCACUCAGUGUGGGAAGAGAUGUAGAAGAAAAGAAGAUCUUAAGGUUCACAUGAGGUUCCACACUGGAGAGAAACCAUUCACCUGCACUGAGUGUGGGAAGAGUUUCAGGCUGUCGCAACAACUUACUCAUCACAUGAGGAUCCACACUGGAGAAAAACCAUUCACAUGUUCUCAGUGUGGGAAGAGCUUCAUCCAGUUAACAAACCUUAAUGAUCACGUGAAGAUCCACACUGGAGAGAAAUCUUUCACAUGUUCUCAGUGUGGGAAAAGCUUUAGCCGUUCAUCAACCCUGAAUAAUCACAUGAGGAUCCACACUGGAGAGAAACCAUUCCCAUGCACUGAGUGCGGGAAGGUUUUUAGGCUGUCGCCACACCUUACUCAACACAUGAGGAUCCACACUGGAGAGAAAACAUUCACAUGUUCUCAGUGUGGGAAGAGCUUCAUCCAGUUAUCAAACCUUAGUAAUCACAUGAAGAUCCACACUGGUGAGAAACCAUUCACAUGCACUCAGUGUGGAAAGAGUUUUAUCUUCUCAUCAUCCCUUAAUAAUCACAUGAAGAUCCACUCCGGAGAGAAACCAUUCAAAUGCACUCAAUGUGGGAGGAGCUUCAUACUAUCAUCAAACCUUAAUCAACACAUGAGGAUCCACACUGGAGAGAGACCAUUCACAUGCACUGAGUGUGGGAAGAGCUUCAGUCAUUCUUCAUGCCUUAAAUUCCACAUGAACAUCCACACCGGAGAGAAACCAUUCACGUGUUCUCAGUGUGGGAAGAUUUUCAGAUCCUCGCCAAACCUUAAUCAACACAUGAAGAUCCACACUAGAGAGAAACCAUUCACAUGCACUCAGUGUGGGAAGAGUUUCAACCAAUCAUCUGACCUUAAUCAACACAUGAAGAUCCACACUGAAGCUCAAGUGAAGAGUUUACUGAAGGACAGCGAGAACAUGAGUGAUCCAGAACCCUGCAGAAUUAAACCUGAAGAUACUGAACAACAAAUAGACCUUAUUGAAGAAAAUGAGGUGAGUAAAGAGGAGGAACAUCAUGUCAAAAUUGAGGAAAAAAAUAAUUUACAGACUUGCAGUAUUUUGAAAAAGAGAGACAAGAAACCAUUCACCUGCACUCAGUGUGGGAAGAGCUUCAGCCAAUCAUCAAUCCUUAAUAAACACAUGAAGAUCCACACUGGAGAGAAACCAUUCAGAUGCACCAAGUGUGGAAAGAGUUUCUGCCAGUCAUCACAACUUACUCAACACAUGAGGAUCCACACUGGAGAGAAACCAUUCACAUGCACUCAGUGUGGGAAGAGUUUCAGCCAAUCAUCACACCUUAAUAAACACAAGACAAUCCAUGCUGGAGAGAAACCAUUCACAUGUAUUCAUUGUGGGAAGAGCUUCAGCCAAUCAUCAAACCUUAAUAGACACAUGAAGAUUCGCACUGGAGAGAAACCAUUCACCUGCACUCAGUGUGGGAAGAGCUUCUGCCAGUCAUCACAACUUACUCAACACAUGAGGAUCCACACUGGAGAGAAACCAUUGACAUGCACUCAGUGUGGGAAGAGCUACAGACAAAAAUCAACUCUUAAUAAACACAAGAAAAUUCACACUGGGGAGAAACCAUUCAGAUGCACUCAGUGUGGGAAGAGUUUCACCUUCUCAUCAAACUAUAAAAAGCACAUGAGGAUCCACACUGGAGAGAAACCAUUUACCUGUUCUCAAUGUGGGAAGAGCUUCAUCUUCUCGUCAAACCUUAAUCAACACAUGAGGAUCCACAAUGGAGAAAAACCGUUCACAUGCACUCACUGUGAAAAGAGCUUCAGCCGAUCUUCAAGUCUUAAACUACACAUGAAGAUCCACACUGAAGCUCAAGUGAAGAGUUUACUGAAGGACAGUGAGAUCAUGAGUGAUCCAGAACCUUGCAGAAUUAAACAUGAAGAUACUGAACAACAAAUAGACCUAAUUGAAGAGAAUGUGGUAAGUAAAGAGGAGGAACAUCAUGUCAAAAUUGAGGAAAAAAAUCAUAUACAGACUUACAGUAUUUUGAAACCAAGAGACAGGACUCAUUUCACCUUCACUCAGUGUAGAAAGAGUUGUGGAGGAAAAGACGAUCUUAAGAUUCACAUGAGGAUCCACACUGGAGAGAAACCAUUCACCUGCACUCAGUGUGGGAAAAGCUUCAGCUAUUCAUCAUCCCUUAAUGAACACAUGGUGAUCCACACUGGAGAGAAACCAUUCACAUGUACUCAGUGUGGGAAGAGUUUCAGCCGAUCAUCCAACCUUAGUCAACACAUGACGACCCACACUGGAGAGAAACCAUUCACAUGUUCUCAGUGUGGGAAGAGUUUCAGCCAAUCAUCAAACCUUAAUCAACACAUGACGAUCCACACCGGAGAGAAACCAUUCACCUGCACUCAGUGUGGGAAAAGCUUCAGCUAUUCAUCAUCCCUUAAUGAACACAUGGUGAUCCACACUGGAGAGAAACCAUUCACAUGUUCUCAGUGUGGGAAGAGUUUCAGCCAAUCAUCAAACCUUAAUCAACACAUGACGAUCCACACCGGAGAGAAACCAUUCACCUGCACUCAGUGUGGGAAGAGCUUCAGCCAAUCAUCAAGCCUUAAUAAACACAUGAUGAUUCACACUGGAGAGAAACCAUUCACAUGUUCUCAGUGUGGGAAGAGUUUCAACCAAUCAACAAACCUUAAACAACACCAGAUGAUUCACACUGGAGAGAAACCGUACAAGUGUUCACACUGCGACAAGAGAUUCAGUCAGACCUCACAUCUGAAAGCACAUGAGAGGACGCACACUGGAGUAAAACCGUACAAGUGUUCACACUGCGACAAAAGAUUCAAUCAGUUAGGAGCCCAGAAAACACAUGAGAGGAUACACACUGGAGAGAAACCUUACAAGUGUUCACACUGCAGUAAAAGAUUCAGUCAUUUAUUAAGCCUGAAAGCACAUGAGAGCAUUCACACUGGAGAGAAACCAUACAAGUGUUCACACUGCGACAAGAGAUUCAGUCAGUUACCACAUCUGAAAUCACACGAGAGGAUUCACACGGGAGAGAAACCUUACAAGUGUUCACACUGCGACAAGAGAUUCAAUCGGUUAGGAAGCCAGAAAAGACAUGAGAGGACUCACACCGGAGAGAAACCUAAUAAGUGUUCACACUGCGGCAAGAGAUUCAGUCAGUUAUCACAUUUGAAAGUACAUGAGAGGAUUCACACUGGAGAGAAACAAGUGAGAUUCAGUCAGUCAGAAACAUUGAAAAACGCACAAGAGUGUCACGUCUGAGGCCGUACUCACACUAGGUAGUUUCCUCGAACCGGGCCAAAGCAGGCUUGUCCCCCCUCCUGUCUCCCCCG